AUUUACAAACUGAGCCCGGGAGAUUCGGAAGUUUUGAAUGACAGACUAACUAUUUAUUUGUUUUAGGGAUAAAACUAAAGACAGGCGAUAUUGGCUUUAAAAAACGAAAAUGUACUUCUCUCCCGUAUGUUUAGAUAUUACCUAAUCUUGCAAAUACACCUUAGUUGUGUCUUGUACGUUUUCCGAAACCAGCCGGAACAAGCAGUAACAUGUUUAUGAUGGUCUUGGGUGUAUAUUCGAGCUGAGAAUACAAAAUGGAAAAACUCUCUGGUCUCUGGCUUGAAUUGCAAAAAAAGGAUAAGUUACCAGGAGGGGGAUUGACGUCGUCGUGUCAGGAGGAGCUGCUGGAGCUGAUGAGACAGUUGGACAUCAUGUUGACGGCCAAACGGAGAGACUGGGAGCAUGAGACAGCAGCCAUUAGGAGUCAGCUGGAGAUGAAGGACAAGGAGUUGAACAUCCAGACCACGACGCUCGAACACAAGAACAGACAGUUUGAGGACAUGAAGUCACAGCUGACCCAGGCAAGUCGGACGCGGGACGAGGUUGUUCAGCAGUACGUGGCGCAGGUUGUUCAACUCAGCAACGAGGUCCAGCGAAUGAAGCGGGAGUAUGAGAAGCUCCACAAGAAGCACACCCGCCACACGAAGGAGGCUCACCGUCUCAAGGCCGAGACCACCAGCGAGAUCGAGGGCGGCAAGACUGAGAUGAAACGACUCCGAGACAAGAUGGAGCAACAGUCUCAGACCUACCAGUCUCAGAUAGACCGGCGCCGACAACUCCAGGACAACACUGAGCUCAACCUGAAGACAACCAUCACCCAGCUGGAGGGGCAGGCCGAGAGACAGGGCGACACCAUCACCACACAGGAGGAGAAGAUACGGAAGUUGAAGGCGUCGCUGAGUGAGGCUAUGAAUGCCCACAAACGUGCAAUGAACGACAAUGAGAGACUGCUGGAUGAUCUGAAGAAAUCAAAUACCAGCAUCAGAAGGUUGGAAGGGGAGAAGCAGCAGAUAGAGCUGGAGGUUCAUUCCCGAGAGGACCUGCUCCGUGCGGCCAACGAGGACGCCCAUCAGUACAGCCACGAGGUCUCCCUGUUGGAGCAGUCUCUGUCAGCCAAAGACGAUAUUAUCAAAAACCUUGGCGACAGUGCUCGUCAGGAGGAGGGGGAACAAGUGAUGCUGCUACGUCAGUCUCUCAACGAGGCUAAGGAGGAUUGCAGAUCUCACAAGCGAGCCCAGAAGAAGCUGAGAGACGAGGUGACUAUCCUGGAGAGCAAGCUGGAGAAUUCCGUCACACUUCGAGACAGCAUUGCCCAAAAGCUUGAUGAGAAGGACUCUGAGCUGAUUCAUCUGAAGACAACUGAGCUCCAUGCACUGCAGACACAGGUCCAGCAGCUGCAGGACAAGUUUCGCGUGGUGGAGGCCAGUCACGGGGCGGAGCUGGACGGCAUGAGGACGAAGCUGGCCCAACUCACCACAGACCUCCAUCAGCGCAAUGCUUCCAUCGCCAGCUUCACUGACAAGAUGUCGCGGAUGGAGCAGCAGGUUGUCAUGGAGAAGGACAUGUUGGAAGGACGAGAGGUAGAGCUAAAGGUGGCCCAGGCCCACAUCGAGGCUCUGCGAGUGGAGAACCAACACCUUCGCCAGGACUUCAUGGAGAAGCUUGGCACUGUGUGCGGUAACCUGGACGCGGAACACCAGCUGCAGGCCGUCAGCAGCGAGUACACUGCCGUCGUGGCCAGACUAGAGCUGCAGGCCGUCAGUAGCGAGUACACUGCCGUCGUGGCCAGACUAGAGAAGGAGAAUGAGAGUCUCCGUGAGGAUGUAUCUCACUUGAAGCAGGAUAUGUCCACCAUGGAGAGGUCCAGGAGCCUGCCCUCCCGUCAUGAUAACAAUAUACUGUCGGUCAAGCCACCGAAGCACAAGCAGACAGCUCAGGACCACCUGGACGGCACGGCGCAGGGGUACGAGAGUCAGAUCCGUCUGCUGCAGGCGCAGAAGCGUCGGCUAGAGGAAGAGCUGGACCUGGAGAGGAGGGAGAAUAGACGGAUGUCAAGAAGUCAACUGCACAGUGAGCUGAACGGCAGCACCGGCACCAUCUUGGACUCGGAACCCAUGUCGCUCCUCCAUACCCUCAACGACCUUGACUCACCAGCAGAAUCCUUGGAGUGUGAUCUGGAGAGUUCUGCUGAUGCGGCGGCUGAAUUGUUCCUGAGCCAAGAACAGGAACGAGCCAAAGAACUAGAACGACUAAUAGAUUCUCACAUAUCUGAGCUGCGUGCCGGCACUGAACUUACACUUAGGAAGUACACCCAUAUAUGAGCAGAGUCACAAGUCACUCACUCACUCUGUGGUAAGACAUGACAGAAUGUGUCGGCAUUUGCCGGAGACGCCUGUUAUGUCUGGAACCGAAGUCUUCAAGAGUUUGUCAGUCAUUUCGGACUACUGAAAUAUAUUCUCAAGACAGCGUUUUGUGAUGUGGUCAUGUACUGAUUGCUCCUCACAGUGCUCUGUAGGAGUGACACUGCCAGGAACUGAGAAUAGCUUCAUACAUAACUUAUCAUAUUUACAUUAUCUUGUUGAAGCAAGGAUUGAAAUCUCAACCUUCUGCAGUGAAAUGACAGAAUUCUGUGUCACUAACUCCAAUUCUGUGAUAAAGACAUUAUUUUGGGUCAGUAAUCUGGCCAAACUGAUUUGUGAUAUGUGAAUUUUGACUGAUUAAUUGCCCAGAGAUAAGUCAAAGUUUUGAUAUUUCCACACCCAUGACAAACACAAGGAGGUUAACCUUUCGAAUGAAACUGGCGGUAUUCAGGCAGGGAACUCCGGUGUCCCUCUAGUCUCCAUCUCUGUGGCACUGUAACAAGGAAGUGUAGAUAUUGUUUAGCAGGGGAAUUGGAUUUAUCACAAAAUGGAUGCAUAAGAUCAAAACAAAAAACACUGUAAAACUCUCCUGUGUAGACUUUUUAGGUUUAUCUUCCUGAUCAUUCCAUGUGUGGGAGGACAGGAUUGUAUCUGAUGUUCUCCCACAGUGGCAUCUGCCCAUUGUACAAAUAUUCCUUCAAGAAAGAGGUCAUUCUGAUAUUAACAUGUCAAUAUUUUGCAUCGUGUAAUGAAACAAAUAUUUUCCGCCUAGUACGUGCUGCCUGAUUGUUUGAUAUUGCAGCUUCAGUUAAUGAGGGUGUAGAUGUGGAGGUGCUGGGAUAAGGUAUUUAUUGCAGCUACAGUUAAUGAGGGUGUAGAUGUGGGGGUGCUGGGAUAACGUAUUUAUUGCCGCUACAGUUAAUGAGGGUGUAGAUGUGGGGGUGCUGGGAUAACGUAUUUAUUGCAGCUACAGUUAAUGAGGGUGUAGAUGUUGGGGUGCUGGGAUAACGUAUUUAUUGCAGCUACAGUUAAUGAGGGUGUAGAUGUGGGGGUGCUGGGAUAACGUAUUUAUUGCCGCUACAGUUAAUGAGGGUGUAGAUGUGGGGGUGCUGGGAUAACGUUUUUAUUGCAGCUACAGUUAAUGAGGGUGUAGAUGUGGGGGUGCUGGGAUAAUGUAUUUAUUGCAGCUACAGUUAAUGAGGUGUCUAGAUGUGGGGGUGCUGGGAUAACGUAUUUAUUGCAGCUACAGUUAAUGAGGGUGUAGAUGUGGGGGUGCUGGGAUAGCGUAUUUCCCCUGUCGUCAACAUGGGGAUGCUGCUUACAAUAAAAAAAUCUGGUUUUGCAGUUCAGACUUGAUCAUUUUACAUGCUGUCACAGGGUCCAUUUAAGCCAUGCAGUAUUUCCCACAUGUCAUCAUUCAUAUUGGGUAGUGAAAGUUUUGUGUACUCAGUACAGUUUUACUCCCUUCGCCCCACUCAGUUGGCUGUUUUUAAACCAGUGCAGAGACUUUUUCUUAAAUCAAAUCAUCAGAAAUGUUUCAGAUUUGUAUCUAUAGAGGUAGUACCCUACAUGUGUCAUGUGACACUCCCGGCCGUGGUACAAGUGUCAGUUACAGUAGCCCGAGUUCAGGCACAUAUACCCUGCAGCAUGCUUCAUAUGGAAGUGAUGCCAGUAUCCUUUCAGUGAAGUAAAUCUGUAAGGAAAUACAGGAACAAGCUGACAGGGUGCACAGUGUCAUCAUGCUAAUGGUUAUUCUAAAUUACAGAAUUGUACAUUAACCACCUAAAAUGGGUUAUAGUGAUUUAUUGUGAAUAUUUUACAAAAAUAAGAAGCUAAUAUGAAGCUCGGUUGUAGAGAUAUUGUUGCAGCAUGAAAACAAAACCAGUACAAUGAAAUCAGAAUUCAUCUAUUGAUUCCAAUUUUUUCCAUUUUUAUAUGAAGUUUUAUUAAAGUCAGUCCUGCUGUCAAUGAUGUUACUGCUAUUAGAAGUCUCUUCAAGAUAUAGGGGUGGUGGGUAAGCCUAGUGGUUAAAUGUUGGCUUGUCAUGCCAAAGACCCAGGUUCGAUUCCUUACAUGGGUACAAUGUGUGAAGCCCAUUUCUGGUGUCCCCAGCCGUGAUAUUGCUGGAAUAUUGCUUAAAGCGGCGUAAAAUUAUACUCAUUCUUCAAGAUAUAGAUGGAUGGUCACCAGUUAUGUCCAACUUGUCUCUGUUGUGGAUUAAUUGCUUGUAGAAUCAAAGAGGGGACAGUUAGUCAGAAAUAUUCCACUCAAUUGUUAAGAUCGUUGAAGUAUUCAACCUUUGUUAGUGUAUGCUCCUUUUAUGUCGGUCGGAAGAGCAGGUACACUGCGUGGGUGUGAGCAUACCUUCAUGUGUGUACGUGCGUGCAUGUGUGUGUGCAUACAUGUGUGUUAUAGUAGAGCUGGGGUGAUCAAUUGGGUGGCAGUAUUACAUUUGAUAGUGUUUUAUGUGCAUUAUUUCGUCAUUUUCUAGACUACCUGAACAGCUCAAAUUAUUAACCAAAGCAGUAUCUGAAUCAACGACAUGUCCAUCACAUCCUUCAUUUUGUAACAUUAUGUUCAUUUCCCAUGUGUUUCCAGACUUGUCGGGGCAGUGGGGUAGCCUAGUGGUUAGAGCAUUGGCUCGUCACCCCGAAGGCCCGGGUUCGAUUCCCCACAUGGGUACAAUAUGUGAAGCUCAUUUCUGGUGUCCCCCGCCGUGAUAUUGCUGGAAUAUUGCUAAAAGCGGCGUAAAACCCAACUCACUCACUCACUCACUCCAGACUUGUCCUACUAGGACACUGUUGUCAUGCUUAUCUCAGACUUAUCUCAGACUUACAAUAGUAAGGACCCUGUGUUUCAAAGUAAUCGUAGCGCUACGACAGUCGUAAGUCUAUGUUAGAGUAUGGGAGUUACGACUGUCCUGACGCUACGAUUGCUAUGAGGAACGGGGCCCUGUUUGUAACUCUGGGGCCUGCCCUACGUAAGUUUGGAGUCCACAUCAAGUCCAUCGUGCUGAUCAUGUUGUCAUAAUAGCAUCAGUGGUGAACAUCACGUAGCUGAGUUGGGUCGAGGUAGCUAUAUAUCCAUGAGGUGUUUUAUAACUUUACUUUCACACAAUGUUAUCCUGAACUAGUUGUGUAAUACUGAUAGUGUGUUUAAUAUAGCAUCAAGGAGAGAGACUCACAUCGGUGUCACUGCCAUGGUAGGUUGUUCUAGCAUUGUUGAUGGGUAGCUGUGUCUGUCUGUCUCACAAUGUAAAGAUGUCUGUUGAGAAUGUGUUGCAUGUUCAUUGCCAGAUUUGAAUAUAGUGCAGUUAAUUGUGCAGGGAAACUUGGCUGACUUUGAAAACGGUCUGUUGAUGGAAAUGUUGUCACAGACUGGGUUCCUGUCUCUAUACUAAGUUCAGGGGCAGUGGGUUAGCCCAGUGGUUCAUUCUCCCCACUGAAUGUCUGGGUUCAAUUCCCCACAGGGGUACAAGGUGUGAAGCCGUUUUAUGGAAUCCAUGGUUUUGCUGCAAUGUUGCUAAAGGUGGCAUAAAACCCAACUGGUUCACUCACACAUUCAAUGUACUGAACAUGCUCACAGCUUGAACCAGACUAUUUUUAAAACUUGGUUUAUGUAUCUGACAAAUCCAAACUAUUGAAAACUACUUGAAAAUUGAAAAUAGUGGGGGUUUUUUAUUCCACCAAACAGAACUAAAUGCUUUUUUAAAACCCAACUCAAUUGCUCUUCCUAUCAAUAUAAAUAUAGUAUGAAAAUUCAAAACCUGUUGAAAAAUCUUCUUAAGAUACAUUUUCAGAAAAAUUAUAUAAGGGGGCUACAGAUAAGGGCGUACAGACGUAAUGCAUGCCUAAAAAUCAAUGAAGUACAACAUAACAUAAGAUUUCAAGCGUAUCAUGUACGCACAUAAAUACCUUUGUACAUCUAACAUAUAUAAAGUUUGAUAGAUGAAAAGUUGUUUAAUAUUAUAAAUAACAAACCACGUUACCAACUCGCUCACACAGAAAUAUGUCAGUACUCCUUCAAAAUUCUCAGUACACCUCCACUUGCAAUAUGAGGUGUAAGUACACCCACACCCACAAAAGUUAUCUGGAGCCUUGUAUAUACUUUUAUUGUAUUUUACAAAAAUCUGUUAAAUCUGACAUGAAUUUGAGCCCCAAAUCCAUGAACUGAAUUCAAAGUAUACGUCUGGCCUUGUAACAUUGCCGUAACAGACAGAGCACCUGCAGACAGAAUAUUGAUGAGCAGUGACCCCACAUAUUCACAUCAUACAUGCGAGUGAGACGUAUGAACAGAAAUAUUAUUGAGACAACCAAAUAUAUAUCCGUCCAAACAUUGUAUCAAAGAAUGUGUAUUUAUUUGCUGAAUUUGUAUAUAAGAUACCAACUAAUUUAUUAAAACAAUUAUUAAAAGA